AUGGGGAAAGAUGUUGCCACAACAUCUGCAAAGGCUGUAGUUAACGAUACAGCGUCUGAAGAUGGGACGUCUACUACAGGAACUCCAAUGACGGCGACAAAAAAAGCGUCCGCUACAGCCACAGUAGAACCAACCUCAACAACUCAAGAUACAACCAAGUCAUCAAGUGCUGAUGUGAAGACUACAAGUCCCUCUGCCACAACAUCAUCUUCCAUGUCCACCAUUCGUAAUGCGUCUUUCAGCAUAGGCACCGAGUACUCGUCACCAGAUUGCACAUCUUGCAGCAAUGGAGGAACCAUCACAGUGACCAUGUCAUGUAGCAUCAAGAUGCCAUCUAACAACGAUAAGAAAUGUGACAAGGACGAGUUCAGUACAACCAGCUGUAGUUACGUUACUUUGGCCAAUAAAGUGUAUCGCUGUGCUGAGGUGGAAAAGAAUUUCACGUACUAUGAGAAAGAACACUUGAAACCUGUAAAACAAUGUGAUGACGUUUGCCCAGCUUCCGGCUCAGUGUUGUCCGCUAACCUCGUGUUCAUUUUCUCAUCUGGUCUCGCUGUCGGCCUAUUAUCGCAGACUCUGUGAUCCACCGACCUUUAAAAAGCUGUAGUUGCCAACACAAUAAAUCAACUCCAUUUCAGUUUUUCAGGAGUAAAGCCGUAGAAAAAGUAUACUUGUAUUCAAUAGAGGCUUAGUAGAUACAAGCAAAGUUUUUUUUUUUUUGUAAGAAAUGCUAAUGCGGAAAGUUAAGUAUUUCAGUAGAGGGAAUAGAGAGCACUACUGACAUGAAUAGAAAUAGCGUGUUGAUAGAGAUUGUGUAAUCAAAUCAUUUUAUUGAUGUUUUUUUUACUUGAAAACGACGAUGUUAAGAUACGUGACUUUCGAUUCACUUGAUCUUGAGUUCUUGAUCAACUACGACUACAGAGUGAGGACAGCGGCAAAAUGAGUGCGCAUGCUCCGUUACUCGCGCCAUUUGAGCGUUCAAGGUUACUGCUCUCCCUCUCCAAACAAAGUUGAUGCGGGUUCUCCCGCUGAGACAACAAUCUUCUUCUCCAGGGAGUUUUCAUUCUGAGGAGGCGAUGACAAGAAGCGCUAAAGCGAUAAAAGGUGCUCCAAACUUCUUAGCCAUGUUACCGGUGCACUACUGCGGUUGCUAAAUUUGCUGCUGUUUCCGCAAUAUUUCAUUUGUUGAGUGAGGAGGUUCGAAGGGAACUUUCUUGAAAACCGCAACUUUAUCUGUUUUGGUUUGGGCCUAUCCCCACGAAAUGAAGCCAAACAAUGAGAGUUUCAAAAAAUGCCGCUGUUUUGCCAAGAUGGUGUUACUAUGGAAAUAUUGUCGUUCCCAUUCCUUUCCGCACAAGAAAUUUUACGUGCUUUGCAAGUACGCACUCUCAUUUUGUCGCUGUGUCUUGAGUGAGUAUCAUGGGUUGUUUAUGCGUAGUUCAGCUGCCAUUGUUUUAUAGAACAGUUUUACUUAUUAAGAAAAACGACUCUAAAACCCGGAGUGCGUCAAUUUAUUAUUAAAAAUGUGUGAAGAGGA